AUGCCGCCUCCAAGGUGUUUAGUGCGAGGGUCCAUAAACGUCGACGAGUUCUUCCAAGUACAGGAAUUCGUCCAGCCUGGACAAACGAUUUCUUCGAAUGACCUCGUGAAGCGAUUAGGCGGGAAGGGCGCAAAUCAAUCUGUCGCGAUUGCGCGCGCUGGUGGCCUCGUUGAUUUCGUAGGGGCUGUCGGCUCCGAUGGAUUGUGGGUGAAGGACGAAUUGAAGGUGGCGGGAGUCAAUGUGGAAGGGAUGCUGCUGGUCAAGGAAAACACUGGGCGAGCAAUAAUCCAAGUGAAUGCAGCCGGAGAAAAUAGUAUCAUCCUAUUUAAAGGCGCCAACUACACAUCUAUCUCGCCUCAAAAAAUUCAUUCAGACACCACCCACAUGGUAUUCCAAAAUGAAGUGCCUCUUCAGUCGACAAUCGAGUUCCUUACUUCAGCUGCAUCCUCCAACAUCGCCACCGUCUUCAACCCGUCCCCAAUGCCCACUCGCAACGAGCUCCAGUCAUUUCCUUGGAACCAAUUAACAUGGCUGAUCGUCAAUGAGGGCGAAGUAUCAGAGCUUUGUACGAUGCUCGAUUUAGCGGUUCCCCAGCAGUCCACCUCUCCAAACAAAGCUGCGCAGUCACUGGUACUCACUCUCUCCAUACGUAUACCCAGCACAAACAUUGUCUGUACCCUCGGUGCAGAUGGGGUCAUCGCAAAGUUUUGCUUGUUUCCAGAAACGGUCCAUGUUCCAGCAGCUCAACUCAGCGGACCGCCACUCGAUACAACUGGGGCUGGCGAUUGCUUCACGGGUUAUUUGGUUGCGGGACUGAUGAAAUUGGGGUCGACGGCUACUAUUUCGGAGUACCUGCAAGUCCUUCAAAGAGCAACCAAGGCAGCAGGGAUGUGUGUGGAGAAAGCAGGAGCUGCAUCGAGCAUACCACUGGGUAUAGAUGUCGAUGUGCGAAUGAAUGAAUGA